GCAGUGGCCUCCGGCAGGUUAGGCUGGUGGGUCAGUGCAUUGGGUUUGCCCAGCCAGCUGGCAGGAAGCAGGACAGAGGUCACUUGAACUCAGACCAUGUGUCCCUGUUAAAUAGAUCAGCUUUUAAAUCGAUCUUUGUUCAAAGUCCAGUGAGUUCCACGGCAACAGCUCCCCAGCAGAGUGGAUUCCCCAGUGGACCCAGCAGUGAGCGCUUCCUCCCAGAUCCAGACAUGGCCUCCGCUUUCAGCCCCCGGGAGUGUAAGCUGUCUAAACAAGAAGGGCAGAGCUACGGCUUCUUCCUGCGGAUUGAGAAGGACACCGACGGCCACCUGGUGCGGGUGGUGGAGAAGGGCAGCCCCGCAGAGCGGGCGGGGCUCCAGGAUGGAGACAGAGUUCUCCGGAUCAACGGCGUCUUUGUGGACAAGGAAGAACAUAAACAGGUGGUGGAUCUGAUCCGAAACAGCGGGAAUUCAGUGGCUUUUCUAGUUCUGGAUGGGGAUGCCUACGAGAAAGCCACGAGAGAAAAGGUAGACUUGAAAGAGCUGGGUCAGAGUCAGAAGGGGCCAAGUCUGAAUGAUAAGAAACUGCCCCCUGUGAUGAACGGAGGAGCCCAGGCGUGGACCCAGCCACGGCUCUGCUACCUGGUGAAGGAGGGGAGCAGCUUCGGCUUUUCUCUGAAGACCGUCCAAGGUAUAAAGGGGGUGUACAUGACUGACAUCACCCCGCAAGGUGUGGCUAUGAAAGCGGGUGUCCUGGCGGAUGAUCACUUGAUCGAGGUGAACGGAGAGAACGUAGAAGAUGCCACUCACGAGGAAGUGGUUGAAAAGGUGCGGAAGUCAGGGAGCCGCGUCGCGUUCCUGCUGGUGGACAAGGAAACGGACCAGCACCAUAGAGAGCAGAAUAUCAAACUCAAGAGAGAAACAGCCAGUUUGAAAUUACUGCCCCGCCAGCCCCGGGUAGUUGAGAUGAAGAAGGGAAGCAAUGGCUAUGGUUUCUACCUGAGAGCAGGCCCGGAGCAGAGAGGUCAAUUCAUCAAAGACAUAGAUUCUGGAAGUCCAGCCGAGGAGGCUGGCCUGAAGGCCAAUGACCUGGUAAUUGCUGUCAACGGCGAGUCUGUGGAAUCCCUCAGUCAUGACCGCGUGGUGGAGAUGAUCAGGAAGAGUGGAGAUCAGACCUCCCUGUUGGUAGUAGACAAGGAGACGGACAGCAUAUACAGGCUGGCUCAUUUUUCUCCAUUUCUCUACUAUCAAAGUCAACAACUGCCUAACGGUUCUGUCAAGGAGGCCCUGGUUCCUGCGCCUCUGGCCAGCUCAAGUCCAGGUCACAAGCCUAAGCUGUGCAGGCUGGUUAAAGGUGACAAUGGCUACGGCUUCCACUUAAAUGCGAUUCGGGGCCAGCCAGGCCCAUUUGUCAAAGAGGUGCAGGCGGGCAGCCCUGCCCAGCUGGCGGGGCUGGAGGAUGAGGACGUCAUCAUUGAGGUGAAUGGGGUGAAUGUGCUGGACGAACUCUAUGAGAAGGUGAUAGACAGAAUCCAGAGCAGUGGGGAGAGUGUCACGCUCUUAGUCUGUGGAAAGAAGGCCUACGAUUAUUUCCAGGCAAAGAAAAUCCCUAUCGUUUCCUCCAUGGCUGACCCACUUGAUUCCAAAGAAGAAACAUGGGUGGAGUCAGAGCUCGACUCACACGUGGCAAAAGAAAGAGCCCACAGUACAGCCUCGCAGUCUUCUUCCAGUUCUGAGGAUACAAGGCUGUGAUGAGAACGAACAGUGGCUGUGGCUGACGCGGUUUCUGGGUAUUUAAUAGGAAUCCUUUCCAAGGGAUGAGCGGCCACCCACCUGCCGUCUCUGGUGAAAAACGCUCUGGAAACUGGCCCCUCACGUGCAAUUGUUUUCUGUUGUCAUUUGCCUCGAGUGCCUAUUGCCGACGGCUUAUUUAUGGUCAACUUAGGAGAAGCUAAGGCGGGACCAGAUUCUUUUCAUGUAAUCUCUUCCACGCUUCAACUUAACUGUAUUUCUCUGUAUGAUGAUAUCUCUUACUUCUAUGGGCUCCUUGAGCACCAAAGAUGAUUCAUAAAUCUGUAAUUCUGAAACUGCUAAUUAAAGGAUGUGAGUUUGCCUAUUAAAAUUAUGCUUUUUAAAGAAUGUGUGGUUACUAAAAUAAAUGCCAUUAAAAAUGUC